UUCUUGACAAAAAAAAUACUUAAAAGAGAGAGGUUAUGGACUAAAAUCACAUUCUGAGAGGUGAGUUGUAGAUAGACUACAGAUGCGAUGAGCACCCUGAUAUCUUCAUCUUUGAGUUCUCACGCAAUAUCCCGCCCGGCUCUUAAAAAUGGCGUCUUUAGAGCCCAAUUUAUCGGUAGAAGUUCAGUAUUUCCAGCAAAAUCGAAGAAGGGUAUGAAGGAGGAGGCGGUGGGGUUUAGAGCAACUGAAGUUGAACAAGAAGAUAAAGCCACUUCUGGUGCAUUAUCAUCUCCUACUAUACUCCCAUCACUUGAUAAAGAACUCAAUAAGGCAGUCCAAAAGACUGCUGCAACGUUUGCACCAAGAGCUUCAACCGCCACAAAGAAUCCAGCUGUUCCUGGAACCACAUUAUACACUGUGUUUGAAGUCCAGGGAUAUGCAUCUAUGUUGCUGGGAGGGGCUCUUUCUUUCAAUCUCGUUUUCCCAUCAAAUGAUCCAGACAUCUGGAGACUCAUGGGGAUGUGGUCCAUCUGGAUGUUUACGAUUCCAUCCCUUCGGGCUCGAGACUGCUCAAAGAAUGAGAAAGAAGCGCUCAACUACCUCUUCCUUCUCAUCCCACUGUUAAAUGUUAUAGUUCCCUUCUUCUGGAAAUCAUUUCCCGUUAUUUGGUCAGUGGAUAUUGUCACAUUCUUUGGAGUGUAUGCAUGGAAGUUGGGAUGGCUAGAGAAACAUUAAUGGUCUAAAGAAGAGAAAAUGGAUCCUUUAUGUCGAUUGGUUAUUGGUUAGGCAGGAUAUAAACACUUAGAGAUAUCUCAUGAGGCGGACCUUUGUAUGCAACCCAUAUGUGUUUUCUAUCAAGUGAAUAUACAUGUUUAAAUACCAAUGUGGUCUAGCCCAAUUGGUCAGUCUGAAAUCUGAUCAUUUCAUUUCUACUAGUUGUCUCUCUACUUCCAAGACCUUACUUUUGUACGUAGUUUGUUAUUCCUCAGUGGUUUCAUAAAUAAAAGUUGUUUUC